AGCUAUUUAGUAGUAACUGGAGGGAACUCCCAAAUUUGAAGAAUCGUCUAAUAGAGCUAGCGGUAGCAGAUUAGCAGCAGAGUUCACUUUCAAAAAAAAAAAAGAUUAGCAGGAGCCCACCAGUUAUUUGCAGAUGGUAACUACAGCAACGUCCACGCCGCCACGGCCGUCUGAUGAGGAGGAGUGGAAGGAAGCAGCUGAAGACGUCCCGGCUGAUUCCGUCAACCACCUGGAAGGAAGAAUCUUUCCUUUGGGUCUGGAAGCAUUGCUCAAGAAGCAAGCAAUAGAGUUCCAUGCCGAAUUUGCCAAGAUGGAGACGAAGAUCCAUAGGCUCCCUCCGAGCCUGCAGGGCCUGGACCCACGGUACUCCGUCCCCAAGGCCGUGGCCAUCGGCCCUUACCACCGCCGCUCGCCCCAUCUCCAAAAGAUGGACAUGGUGAAGAACGUGGCGACACGCCACUUCAUCAUCGGCAUCUUCCGCUCGUGCGAGGAGAUGUAUGCGGCGUUCUGCUCCGCCAUAGGUGAUGUCGAUGUCCGCAGCCUCUACGACGUGCUCACCGACGAUGCGGUAGCAGGUAUGAGCGAUGAUGAGUUCUUGACUAUGAUGCUCGUUGAUGGUUGCUUCUUGCUGCAGUACAUGCUCAAGUGUACAGGCAACCAUCAUAGGAUGCCUCCGUCGUUGGUGUCCUUUUUCGACGCCAACCAAAGUGUUAUCGACAAUGACAUCAUGCUGCUGGAAAAUCAGCUCCCAUGGGUGGUGAUCCAGACCCUCAGGAAGUUCAAGAAAGUACCAGUUGAGAAGUUCAUCGCCAAGAUGGGGCGCACGCUCCAAGUUGCCCGCAAGGAAGAAGAGCAUGACAGAAUAUUUGCCUUGGGUGGAUACACGCCGCCACAUCUCCUUGGCCUCCUCCGAUUGUACAAAGCGCCCAGAUACACUGUUGUUCCAAACAACCAAGACGAAAGCUUUUCUCUGAUUAACUGCUGCUACUGCUACAACAACAGCGGAGUGCCCCCAUCUGAUGGGUUCCGCCCAAUGUCGAAGACUGUUAGCGCCAUCGAGCUUGCAGAAAUCGGCAUCAAGCUCACGGCCAGCAGGACGACCAAGUUCAAGGACAUGGGCUUCAAGAAAAAGCUCUUCGGCAGCGAGAUAUUCCUGGCGCCACUGUUGCUAGAUGAAAUAAGGUCAUGCUGGCUCCUCAACCUGGCGGCCUUGGAGCUCUGCACGGCCACAAGUUCUAACGAGACUGAAAACCAAGCCAUCUGCUCGUACCUCGCCGUCUUGGCUAUGCUCAUGGAUCGUGAGGACGAUGUGCACAAGCUGCGAUCGAAGCGCCUCGUGCAAGGAGAGCUCACCAACAAGGAGACGCUAGACUUCUUUAAGAGCCUUAUAAAGCGCGUAAGUGGCGGCCCCCUCUACAUCCACAUCAUGGAGGAGAUCGAGGACUACAAGCUCAAGAGGUGGAUGUGGAUCAAGGUGCACGCGUUUGUUUACAACAACUACAAAAUGAUCACUGCGGUGCUCUCCAUCGUCGGCGUUCUUGUGGGCAUGUUCAAGGCACUCUUCUCUCUGAAGCGGCACUAGCAGCUGGCCGGCUGCUAGACCUACCAUUGUUCAAAUGAUGACUUUCCUCAUUUUGU